AUGUUUGCCUUCAUGUCCAGAUGUUCGCAGCUUGGUCGCCUCAUCGCAGCCUCGCUGCUUGUUGCUGGUCCCAUCGUCUCCGCUUCUGGCUACAACCUCGAUCUCACCUCUGAGAAAUCAAUAAAAGAUACCGCCAAGGGUCUCGCUCAAGACAUGCUUUCCUUUUACACUGGCGACAAACCUGGAGGCACGCCAGGCUUGCUCAACCCACCAUACUAUUGGUGGGAAGCCGGUGCCAUGUUGGGCUCCCUCAUUGACUACUGGUACUACACGGGAGACGACGAGUACAAUCAGCUCGUCACGGAUGGCCUGCUCUUCCAGGUUGGCACCAAUAGGGAUUACAUGCCAAAUAACCAAACUCUGACUGAAGGUAACGAUGAUCAAGGCUUCUGGGGCCUGAGUGUCAUGUCAGCCGCCGAGUACAACUUUCCGAACCCGUCAGCCGACAAACCCCAGUGGCUCGAACUCGCACAGGCCGUCUUCAACACACAGGCCGCCCGAUGGGAUACAGCCGACUGUAAUGGUGGUCUGCGCUGGCAGAUUUACCAAUGGAACAAAGGCUACGAUUACAAAAACUCAAUUUCUCAGGCCUGCUUCUUUGCGCUCGGUGCGCGACUCGCUCUCUACACCGGGAACAAAACAUAUGCCGACUGGGCCGAAAAGACUUGGGAUUGGAUGUGGUCGACGGGAUUCAUCAACAACGAAACCUACUAUGUCAUUGACGGCGCCGACAUUGGCAGCAACUGCAGCUCUUACAGCCCAUACCAGUUUACUUACAAUGCCGGCGGCUUCAUUCUAGGUGCAGCCGCCAUGUAUAACUACACCGAAUCCAAAGCCUGGAAGGACCGACUCGAUGGCCUCAUAUGGGGCUCCAAAGUAUUCUUCGUUGGCGACAAUGAAGACAUCAUGUCCGAGGUUGCCUGCGAACCCGUCGACCGCUGCAAUAUUGAUCAGCAAUCAUUCAAGGCGUAUCUGUCUCGCUGGCUCGCCGCUGCUACCAAAUGGGCCCCCGACACGUACGACACUGUCAUCCCCUACCUCAAGGCCUCUGCCAAGGCUGCCAUCAAUCAAUGCGUCGGAGGCAGCAAUGGGAGAAUGUGCGGCUUGAAAUGGGCGAGGAACGAGGGCAAAUAUGACGGAUCCACCGGUGUUGGUCAGCAGAUGGCCGCUUUGGAAGUUCUUCUAUCCACCAUGAUCAAGAAUCGCGAACCCCCACUGACGGCCGAUACGGGCGGCACCAGCAAGGGCGAUGUCAAUGCAGGCUCUGGCGAUAUUGGUAGAAAGGAUCCAGUCGCAACGUUUGCCCCGCCAACCGCCGCAAUGAAAGCUGCCGCCGCAUUCAUCACUCUGGCCAUCUUGGGCGGCCUCGCUGGCGCAAUCGUAUGGCUACUCUUUGACGAGACGUCGGACAAGAAAUUGAUGGCCCAGUUCAAGGGAUCCAUGGCCAAUUUCAAGUCUGCCCUGACUAGUGAAACGGCCGCCGGGGCUGGUAUUUUGGGUGCGGGAGCGGCAGAAAACCGCCGCAGCUCUCCGUUGAAUGAAAAGACUAUUCAGCCCACCGCGGGCGAAGUGAGUAACCGCAGCUCUCGCGUCAGCGACCAGGCUAUUGAGAACAUGCCCGUUAUUGUCAACCGUGUGCGCAGUGAUAGCAGCUAUAGCACUCGCCGACUCUCCAACAUGCCCAUUGGAUGGUCGCAGGAUUCCAUGUCGCGAAAUUCCGUAUCGCGCCUCCGGCCCGUGGGGCAGGCCGUAACGACUGACGAUGCCGAUCGCAUCGAAGCAGUCGAGCCUCAACAUAGCGCGUGA